AUGUGUGGUCCCACGCAAUGUGGAAAAACAGAGUUCAUCAAAAAAAUAAUAACGAACAUCGACGAGGUGAUUAAACCCACACCCGAUAAACUUGUCUAUCUGUACAGUACAGACCAAACGAAAUACGACGACAUUAAAGACAUAAUACGUACGAACAGUGCAAAGUCAAAAUUAAAAACAUUCGAGUUUGUGGAUUGCAGUGCACUGGGUAUUCCCACCAUCAGCGAACUAAAAAAUAAAUUGGGCAACGCUACACUUUUGGUCCUAGACGAUUUAAUGAUUUUAGCGGCGUCCGAUACGAAAUAUGUGGAAAAUUUAAAUAAUAUAGCCUCACGCGAUAGCCAUCAUGCAAACAUGUCGGUUAUUUUCGUAUGUCAAGAUUUAAAUUACGGAAAUGGUAAAUUACGAAACGCUCGCGUUAAUAGCCAGUAUCACAUGAUGUUUAACAACUACACGGACCUUCGAAAUAUAGAAAUGAUUGCUUCGAAUAAAAAGAUUAAUUUGAAAAAAAUUCACAAAGUAAUUAAAUCUGUAGAGAAAAAAAGCCAAUAUGAAUAUAUUUUCUUUGACGGUUCGCCGCGGGGUUAUAGUAAUACACGAAUUCGUACGGGUAUUUUACCCGGCGAAAAAACUGUAGUUUACGAAUGUACACCAGACAUGUAA